AUGUCUGUCAAUCCCUGUGAUUCCCUCGGUGGGAGCUCGUCGCCGAUUCGUUCGGACAAUCUAAAGUCGCCUGGUACUCAACUGGCAACUUUUACAUCGCGCUUCCCCGAUUCGGAUAUCGUGGACUUGCCAACACUGCCUCAGUCGAAUCGUUUUGAAGCUAAAAGCCCUGGUGUUUACUUGGGGAGCCCCUACCCGGGCAAUGGCUUCAACCAAGUCUCAUUUCCUCGAAAGCAGCUCAAGCAAGAGGAUUUUGAUAUGUUGCGAGAUUUGCCGAUCGGGGCAAAGUAUGGGUCACAGCCCUUCGGUCCCAACCCUUCGCCUGACCUAAAUGUCCCUCGUUCAUUGAACCCUUUGCACCGUCGGGAGCCUGCUUCUUACCCAACUGAAAUUCCGCACUCACUGUCGAUUCCCCGUAAGCAAAGUGAUUACGGGAUCUACCCAAAUCACCACCCACCAUCUAUGGGUGCCUCCCAGAACCGGAAUGAUCUUCGAAACUUCUUCAUGGCCAACCCUAGCUCAGGGCUUCGCAAUUUGACUCAAUCUCGCGAUGCGAUUUCGCCAGUGAGAUGGCCUAUGCGUCCUGUCCAAUCUAUCCAAAAUGUACAGCCUAUGCAAUCUGGACCGUCCAUGCAACCUGUACAGCCCAUGCAAGCUUCUUUCUGUGGCAACAGAUCUAUUUACCCGGGGCCCACCAGCCAGGUUGCUACCAUGACGGUCAUGACGACUACAAAGGACUUGCGACCCUACGACCGUCGGUUUCUCGUGAAAAACGUGGAUACCAACAUCUCGGGAGUUUACAUUCUCGACUAUUGCCACAGCCAGGAUUUCCGAACCGGGUUUGGUCCUACCACACACGAGGUACGCGAGAAAGGUCAGUUCUGGAUCGGUUUCUCCGAUAUGCGUCAGAGCCAACGCGCCGUCGAGCAUUUUGCCCGUGACCACCCAACUUGGAUUGUGGAACCUGUUGGAGAAACGACAUUCAAGCAGGGCUCGAGGAUCAACUCCACUGCCUGUACCUUUGAGGAUCAGGUCUUGGCCAUUGUGUACCGUGGACCUGGAAGAACUAUUCCUCCCGUCAAUCUUGUGCCGGCUGUAAGGAGUUUGCUCGAGACAGUAGGAACUGUUGCCGAAAUGCGCCAAGUCGCACUUGAAGCUCCGUCGCAGUCUCCGCGAUUCACCAUGGAAGGAUUUGUGGUACGUUACUACGAUGGUCUACAUGCCGUCAAUGCGACCAGAUCUCUCAAUACCAUCUCAACCCCACAUUUUAUUAUGGAGGUGCUGCCAUACCAUUACGAUCUCGAGAACCAGAAGAUCCGUCACUGGAAUGGUCAACCGCAAGGAAGGGAUGGCCGACCAGGUGAAUACUUCGAUCCUGAGGACAACCGAGCCCGAGCCCGGACUCCUCAGACUCCUGGCCGAGUUGAAUAUGACGAACAAAUCAUUUAUCCUCAAAACAUUCUUCAAGGACAAGACCGUCGGUGCACGGUUAUGUUAAAGAAUAUCCCCAAUUCCCAGACAUGGGAUCAACUCAAGAUGCAUCUUGAUGUGACAUCUGCAGGAACCUAUGAUUUCAUUUACUUGCGUAUGGAUUUUGAGCAGCGUCUAAACGUCGGCUAUGCGUUCAUCAACUUCGAAAACCCCAUGAAAAUACUUCCGUUUUUCACCGCUCGACAUGGAACGGUCUGGCCGGGUUUCACUACUGGCCGACCCAAGGUUGCAGAGGUCUCGUAUGCGACUACGCAAACCUAUGAACUCCUGGUAGAGAAAUUCCGCAACAGCCCGGUCAUGCUGGAUUUCCCGGAUAACCGUCCCAAACUGUUCUACAUCAAGGGACCCCACGCUGGUGAAGAAGCACCAUUUCCGACAGUCAAUAACUUCUGGACACUUGCAAAGGGAGUUGAACGAAGCAAAGACAGCGGGCUAUACCGAGGUGGCUCUCGCACAGACAGUCACAAUCCACGUCGCCAUGCCCACACUGAUCUUCAGUAUGAAGCUAUCAAUACGCCCGUCCGGGGUAGCCGUCGCCGCCGAGAACGGAACAAAUGGGGCAAUUCAGAUGUGCCCAAGUACCGUCAGAAUUAG